AGUUCUAUUUGUGCAAGCAUGACGGACAUGUGGCCACUUCUACAACCUUUCCACCUGGCAACGCAAGACAUGACACAGCGCUUAAAGUACGACAUUAACUAUGAAGAAGAGGAGAACGACGGACUGGGUUAUACCAAUGUCACACCAUCUUCGCUGUUUGAGCGCACCAGUUCAUCCUCGUCCAACACAAGCACGAUCCCUGAAACGAACUUUUCACAAACGGCUGGAGAGAAACGGUGCCCGGUGCUUCUUGACGGGUCAUACAUGUACACGGAUGAAACUCAGCCAACAGGAACAAUACCACCGGUGAAGAAAGCAAGAACGACGAAGCCACCGGCCACGGUACCGGACUUGGAGGCAACGUGCGGUGAGCUGCUGGCGCAAAUGAUGCGAGCCUCCAAAUUAGCGCCCAAAGAGAAGUUUGCGUUUACCUCAUUCGUGCAGCGGUGCUUCUAUCUGUUCGACGAAGGAUCACUGGAUGUGCAUGGCAAGUUGCCGCUGAAAAUGCGAUCCAAGAGGCCAGCUUAGAAAACGGAUCACUUAAAGUCCAACGGACACUCCAGCGUUUGUGAGUUGUAUCCAGAUAUUGUGUGUAGUUGGUUUGUGUUGAGUUUGAAGUGAGAAACUAAGAAUAUUGCAUGUGAACAAAAGAUUUCAAUCCUUUUUUGUGCAUGGAAGAGUUACAAGAUUCUGCUUAUGGCAUGGCUACGUUCUUUAUGUGGAUUAGAUUGAAGCAAUAAUCACGUAUUCCACUUUAUAUCCCGUUCAUUCAUCGCUCGUAUUAGUUUUAUGCUUGUAAUUCGUACAAAGCAGUGUAGUUUCUAAGAAAACAUAAUUGAAUUCUCAUCUAAGAGAGCAACAGAAGGGGUCGACGCUAUUAGCGUCUUCGUUAGACUAUGCGUGAAAAUGAGUACAGUUAUGCACUGGGGUCCGUUUUUUUCCCUUUAUUGCUACAGUGUGUCCCUCAAGGCAUCUACUUUUAUCCCAUGGAUAGCUUCGCUCUGUCGUUGUCGCUGUCCUAAUUACGCUGAGUACGUUAGCAGUUAGCAUCGUUUAUGCGAACACGUUGUACGCGGGAGCACACUAAUAGACGUUAAAUGGUUUGUUUGUUGUAUUCUUUUAUCAAAA